AUGGCAUUACAGGAAGCAGAUUACAUCAUCGUUGGCGGCGGCCUAACGGGCUGCGUCGUCGCAUCACGCCUAAAACAAGCCGAUCCCCAUCUCGAGGUUCUAAUCCUCGAAGCUGGCGCCGACGAGUCUGAUAAUGAAGCCACAAAGACUUUCGCCAGCCUCUUCUCCCUGCUAGAUUCCGACCUCGACUGGUCGUACAAGAUCACCCCGCAGAAGAAUACAGCCGGUCGCGUACACCCCGUCCAUGCGGGUAAGGCCCUCGGCGGCGGGAGUGUGACGAAUUUCCAGGGCUGGAGUCGCGGAGAUGCGAGGGACUACGACCAGUGGGCGAAGAUGGUUGGAGACAAGCGAUGGAGUUAUGAUGGGCUGCUGCCAUAUUUCCGGAAGAGCGAGACCUUCUUCGAUCGGGAUGCGGACCCUGCGCAGCACGGGUUCCAUGGGCCGAUCCAUGUUACGGCAGUCUCUGAGGGUCCCUCUGGGCGCAAGUAUCCGCUUCGUAAGCCGAUUAGUGAUGCGUGGUUGGAGGUUGGCGAGACGUUGAAUCCGGAUGGAUGCUCGGGGAAUUUAGCGGGUGUCUGCGAGUUCUACGAGUCGUGGCAUAAUGGACGGCGCCAGUCGGCCAAUGAGGCGUAUAGUCUCCAAGGCGUGGCGCGUGUCACGGAGGCGGUGGUGCAUAGAGUUGAAUUCACCAAGACGCAUCGGGAGAGGAUAGCCUCGGGCGUGGUGCUGGCAGACGGUCGACGUUUCAAAGCGCGAAAGGAGGUCAUCCUCGCCGCUGGAGCCUUGCGGACACCGCAAGUCCUCAUGUUAUCUGGUAUCGGACCUCAUGACACCCUCGCGAAAUUCGACAUUCCCACCGUUGUUGAUGUCCCCCAGGUGGGCAGGAACCUGACGGACCAUUUCGCAUUAUACCAGUUGUACAAGCUUCGCAACCCCGAGCUCGGCCUUGCCCUGGGCAGCCCUGUCCUCUCGGAUCCAAGUCUCCUACAGGGCUUUCCGUGCGACUGGGCCGUGAAUCAGGCUGUACCUCGCGACAUCCUUGCUCCCGCGCUACACAAGGACGAGCAAACUGGCCACACUACGGGUGACGAGUCCGUCCUCAUACCUGGGCGACCCCUAGUUGAGACCUUGGCUGUCUACGCCUCCGGGGGCGUCCCUGGUGUACCGACCGAUGGCAGCGUAAUCAUGACAUCGGUUAUGCUACUCGGAGCGACAUCUAGGGGCAUCAUCAGUAUCAACUCGGCCGACCCCACGGAUCCUCCUCUCGUGGAUGCGAACUAUUUCGACACCGAAGUCGAUAAAGUCACACUUAUUCACGGAGUGCGACGCACCAUGCAGGCGCUGCUCACCACGUCCGCACUGAGGGAGUACAUCGAAACCGAGAUGCCCCCUCCAGGAAUGGCUGCGCUGUCUGCAUCAUCAUCGGAUGCUGAAAUCGAGGCGAGGAUUAGAGCGACUGGACUUGCUCACCACCAUUCGUCUGGGACAGCUGGGAUGGGCACUGUGGUUGAUACUGACCUUCGGGUCAAUGGAGUGAGAAAUCUGAGGGUCGUGGACGCAAGCGUUUUGCCGAUUAGUAUCGGGGGACAUCCGCAGGCGACGCUGUACGCGGUGGCGGAACAGGCGGCGGACAUUAUUAUUCAGGAAACUAAAUAGGCAACACCCACUUGUAGUUAAUUCUGUAUACAAUUGUAAGCUCCGUGCGUAUCGUACAAACAAGUGCGUCUUACUGCCACAAGCAUAGCAAAGAA